GCCCUCCCUGCUGCAGCUGUGACGAAACCAGCGCAAUAUAAGCGUGUACCUGGACAGGGGAUUUUGAGUAUAAGAAAAGAUUAAACGGGGACGUGCACGGCCACUGCUGACCUCCAGCAAUAUUCACACAACAAUGAUCUUCAACAUCUCAGUUUUCUGCGUCUCUUCACUUCUUCUCUUACACUUGGCAGGAGCCAAACCGGUUUCCAGUUUACAGACUCUAAAGCAGCUUUUAGAUGAAGAAAUAAACGCGCCGCUCGUGGAGUCGCAGGAGUCCGCGAUGGAGCAGGCGGAGGCGCGCACAGAAGAGCGGCAGUUGAAUUCGGACCAGCCGGUGCGCACCAGCACCGCGCUCGAGCGCGUACUUGGAGACCUACUGUCCACAUCCAAACGCUCGUGGAGUCGCUUCAAAAAGGGAGGGCUGAGAAGCUGUUUCGGGGUCAGAUUGGAGAGAAUCGGCUCAUUCAGCGGGCUCGGGUGUUAAACUGUGCAGGUCGGGUUGUUACUGUAAAGGUCCUCGGAACAGACAUCUCUUUCUGCAAUCUGCAGGUGUACACAUUUGUGUUCAGAUGAUAUCUGGUGGUCAUUAUUUAUUCUGAAUCUAGAUCUGUAAAUAGUUUUAUGUAAAGAGACUGCUGCUAUGUUGCAUCUGUUUAUGUAUUUAUUUAUUUAUUUAUGUUCGUGUUAUAGACGAUGUAUAUUGCUGCAAAAUAAAUAUUUUGCAUAA